AUGAACUCGCGAGCUUACCAGUUCCAGCUCCAGGUUGCUGAGGCGGCGGCGGCGGCUCCAGUUGUUCAUGCCGCAGAAGGCGGCGAGCCCGAGGUCACCCCGAAGGCUCCGCUGCUGAAUAUCCAAGCCCAAGGCACGGCGGCGCGCCAAGGCAGCGGCCUUGCUCAGACGACGACGAUGGGGACAAUUGGCAACGCCGAGGCUACGGCUACCAAGUGCCCCGAGUGCCCCAAGUGGUUCGCGUCGGAGAAGGCCAUGUUCGGGCACCUGAGGAAACACCCGGAGAGGGGCUACAAGGGGGCCACCCGUCCGACGGCGACGGCCAGCGACGCCGCUGCCGCUGCCGUGGCUGGAGACAAGAAGCCGACCAAGAAGGUGCCGCGGAAGGCGACUGCUGGCGUCCCGGCUAUCAACGUGGCGGCCGCUGCUGCGACGAAGGCGUGGGAGGAGGCCGAGCUCUCAACCAAGUGGCCAGCCUCGGUGAAGCGCGGGCGCACGCCCGUGGCUCCGGUGCAGGUGAGCAGCUGCAGCGAGGAGGAGGAGGAGGCUGCGAUGAUCCUCCUGGAGCUGGCCUCCUCCAGCCGCACGUCGUCCGAAACCCAGCAGCAUCAGUCUGUGGAACCGGUGCGUGCCCACGACGCCGUCUCUGGCCACCAGAUACAGAUGUCGGUUGUCGAGGAGCCCAUGCUUCUUGACCAUCCCACAGAGGCUGAGCAGCAGAUCGUUCAACUGGAGAAUGCCCUGGGGCUCAGCGCGGAGUCCCAGACGCCCGCGGUCAAGCAGGUCACGGACCUGGUGAUUACCACAGAAGCUGUCCUGAUCGUGGUCCCGGCGAACAACAAGCCCAUCUUCCCCAGUCUCGACUCUGGCGCCGGCGACAAGAUGAAGGCCAAGAAGCAGCGCCGGGUCAUGAAUCCCGAGCAGACGGCAGCAUCGACGCCGCCGCCGCCGCCUCCUCCAGAAGGCGCCGUCAUCCGCACGCCGCCGGCGAGGCGCAUACCGUCGCCGGCGUCGGACAAGAAGCACACGUGCCAGACCUGCGGCAAGUCGUUCCCCACCCACCAAGCCCUAGGCGGCCACAUGGCCAACCACGUCAAGGGCGCCAAGACCACCAGCGCGCGGCACGACGACCUCGCCGCGGCCCAGGCCAAGCACAACAUCUUGGCGCGCCGCGACCAGCAGAGCGCCGGCAACGGCAACGGCAACGGCAACGUCACCAUCCCCGCCAGCGCUGGCGCGGGCGCGGGCGCGUUGCAGGAGCGCCAGGACGCCCAGCCGCCACCGGCGCAGGCGCCGACACCGCAGACCGCGCCGACGCCGCAGGCCGCGGCGCCGCACGUGUGCGACGAGUGCCACCUGAUCUUCCCCUCCGGCCAGGCGCUCGGCGGCCACAAGCGGAAGCACUGGUUCCCGGAGAAGCAACAGGCCAAAGCGGCAUCGGCAUCGGCACCGGCGCCGGCGCCUGCGCUUGCGCCGCGGGACUUCGACCUGAAUGAGAUGCCCAAGGAGGGGCAAGGGGAGAACAACAAUUAG